CAGGGACAGGGAGAGGGACAGGGACAGGAACACAGGGAGACAGAGACAGGGACAGGGACAGGAACACAGGAACACAGGGAGACAGAGACAGGGACAGGGAGAGAAACAGGAACACAGGGAGACAGAGACAGGGACAGGGACAGGGUAAUACAGAGAGAGAUAGUGAUCAGCACAGAGUGACAGAAAGAGAGAGAGGGACACACACACACACACACACACACACACACACACACACACACACACACACAAUUGAAUUGGGACAGCUAGAGACAAUAUCACAGAGAGAUGUAGAAAAACUAGCCUAGAGACAGGGAGAACAGUGAAAACAGAACAAUGCUGAUAGAAAUCAAACAGCAUAGAGAGAACCAUGGGUAAGGGACGCAGGAAGCAUAAUUAACAGCAGGAGAGAGAGAGAGAGAGAGAGAGAGAGAGAAGAAGGAGCUGAGGCACAGGGUGAGGGAAGAGGAUUUCAGGGAAGGAGUGUGGGCAGUGGGCAGUGGGCAGCGGGCUGUGGGCUCCGAAGGGAAGCCCUUGACCUGAAUCCCCUCACUCUGCCCCAGGGAGAGCAGACAGACGAUGGAGAGGUUGGUGUUCCUGAGUCUGCUCCUGCCCCUGGAUUCCCUGCUGCUGCCUCAGGUGAGGCAGCAGUGCCCAGGUGAGUGUAAGUGUCCCCCCAGGCCCGGCCUCUGUCCCCCCGGGGUCUCCCUGCUGUUCGAUGGAUGUGGAUGUUGCAGAGUCUGUGCCCGGCAGCUCAAUGAUGAUUGCAGUCUGCAGAGACCCUGUGACCACCUGAAGGGGCUGGAGUGUAACCAGGGGGCAGGAGUGAGUGAAGGAGGAGGCAUCUGCAGAGCAAGCUCCGAGGGCAGGACAUGUGAGUACAACGGGAGGAUUUACCAGCACGGUGAGCCCUUCCAGCCCAACUGUAAACACCAGUGCGCCUGCAUCGAUGGGGCAGUGGGCUGCAUUCCCCUCUGCCCUCAGCAACUCCCCCUGACCGGGGGCAACUGCCCCCGGCGCCGCCUGGUCAAAGUCCCUGGGCAGUGCUGCGAGACCUUUGUCUGUGAUCGGGAGGAACCAAAACCUCAGGGCGCGGCAUUUCACCAGCUGGUUUACCGGGCCGGCAUCAGCAGCAGGGAGCUCAUUCAAAACAAGCAUCACUCUCGGACAAAGCAGCCCGCUCUGUUUGGAGGACAGAGAUUCCCUCGACACAGGUGCACAGUUCAGACAACCCAGUGGUCUGAAUGCUCAAAGUCCUGUGGGCUUGGCGUGUCCACGAGGGUCAGCAAUGAUAACCCUGGCUGCAAGCUGAAGGAAGAGACGCGCUUGUGUCAGAUUCGAGGCUGCGGCCACACCUUCAGUCCCAAACUCAAGAAAGGGAAGUGCACCAGGACCCAAAGGGCGAUGGAACCAGUCCGUUUUACCUGUGCUGCCUGCAAGAGCGUAAAACAAUACCAGCCAAUCUCCUGCGGCUUGUGCACAGACCAGCGCUGCUGUUCACCGCGAAAAACCCGAACAAUCCGUGUCCAGUUCUACUGUGAGGAUGGUCAGAGCUACAGCAAGAAUAUGAUGAUGAUCCAAUCCUGUAAAUGCAGCUACGACUGCCCCCACCUGAACCAAGUGAUCCAGCCAUCCUUCCGGCUCAACAAUGACAUCCACCGCUUCUUAGACUAAAAGCUGACUUUCCAACCCCUUGAGCCCCGGUGAGAGACUGGGCUGAAGGAGAGGCCGAAGGCUAAUCAGAUUGGAGCAUGCCGUCCCUCUGCUCUCAUUCUAGGACAAGGUGAACGGGCUGACUCUCCUUUCAAAGAAAAUAUUGUACAAACAAGAGAGCGCUCCAUUAUUCUCCAGAGUAGGCUUUUCAGACGAUAACGAUCUGUUUGUGUGAGCGUAGCACUAUUUCCUGCAGGCCCAUAGUCUGCUCUAGUGCAUCUUUAGUUUUUGUUAAACUAUUUUUAAUUGGACUGUAGCAUCUCCUCAGCGAAUAAUUUGCUUACUACCUGCACCAACAACACAGAUUGGAACCUUUUGGCACUUUUUGGCAGCUACCCCUCUAACCUACUUCAAAAGUUUCUCUGUAUUUCAAAUUUCACAAGGCAUCUUCAGGUAUCCUGCAGUUUAUGAAUGGCUGUGUUGCAGAAGCCUGUAUCCUUUCUGUCUGAUUUGAGCCUUUUGUGAAACUGUGCCUGUGUGCUUGCGUGUUUGUUUGUCCUGUCUGAGACUGAGUUACUGAACUCCCAUACCAGCCAAAGGGUGGACUUGUUUGCAGUGUGAAAGUGUUGUGUCUCUCAUGGAUCUCCAUGUUAAAUAGGCAGGUGAUGCGGUGGAAAAGGUGCCUGAUUAUUUUCCUGUUAGAAUGAGGCAGCCUCUUGCCUGUGACAGGCCGGUCUGGAGCUGAGGGACUUGUUGGUGGACAUCCAUUUCCUCUGAAACUGACCGUGUUUAAGAGCUGCCGGCCAUUCGUUAAGGAGAGGAAUACGGAGGGAAAGCAGUGUUUGUUUUUCUUUGUUCCCCACCGACCACCAAAAGGGGAAACUGGUGUGAUGUCGUCUAGCUCUGCCUAAUCUCUGAACCUGGUCAUCUCUGUUGGCUGAUUAACCACGACUUUUAAACCAGUUGGUUUAUCACUGGUUCCUGGGUUUUCUGCCAGGUUCGAUACAUUUGACAACAACUUUUAAUUCCUCAACUUAUUUGUAGGUUUAAAACUUCUCAAUGAUACAGAAAAUGCAUUGAAGUCUUUUUUUUGUCAAAAUGAAAAGGUGGCAGUGUAUAACGCCUGUAACUCCCCUCGGACAUCCAGCCUAGGUUACAGUAUCUGCUCCAGUGUUCUGUUUGUGUUUGUCAGAUGUCAGGAUUGUACAAAGUUUUAAAAAAUCACCCCAACACCAGGUUAUGGUCCCAACAGGACCAUAACCUGAAAGCUGUUGGACUGGAACCUGGUGUUGUGGGAUUUUUCACUUUGUCCAGCCCAGUCCAACACCGGCUCUUUCACAUCAGGAUUAUAAUGUCUGCCUGAGAUUCUGCAUCCCAUCGUCAAUCUCACUCCCCGACACCAGUCAGCAGCUGAACUUGUGCAUUCAUUCCUGCAUUGUAUAUAGUAUUUAUCAAAGUGUGGCAUAUUUUUAUCAAUUGUAUUAUA